GGUUCAUUUGUAUCAGCAACCAAACUAUCCGGACUGCUUUUUUGGUCAGGCGAUUUACGCGCUUCUGUGAUAUGCCGUACGGAUUGCUUUUUUCCCUAUUGGAAUGCCCUAAUGUGAAGCUUCGCAAGCCACGUUUUGUGACAUGGCCAUCCUCCAUGGCAGUUUUCAUGUUCUUUUUGGUGACAUACUUCCUUAUUACCGGAGGAGUUGUUUAUGAUAUGAUCGUGGGCCCCCCAAGCAUGGGAUCGGAAACCGAUGCGAGAGGAAAUCAACGACCAGUUGCCAUAAUGGCCUGGAGAAUGAAUGGACAGUACAUACUGGAGGGAUUGGCCGCAAGUUUCAUGUUCACACUUGGUAGCAUCGGUUUCAUGGUAGUGGACAGAGCAAAUGAAGCACGGAUCUCGAAACUUAACCGAGUUAUCUUAAUCGCUUUCGGUAUCAGUUGUAUUUUGGUAUCUUUCAUUACUCUGAGAAUAUUUAUGAAGACCAAGUUGCCUUCCUACAUGAGAUGAUUUACGGACUGAUCAUGGACAGCAAUUGUUUGUACGCUUUUUAUGGUUAUUGCAAUGAUAUUUGGUUCUUAUCAA